AGCUGGUACCUUACAUCUUAAUCCCCUCCCAUCCCUCCUCAGUUCUUUCACCUCCUGACUAUAAUUUGACUUCACUGUGGAUGAUCGCAUACUUCAUCUAACAUCACAACCCGAUCAAACAUGGCAGACCGCUUUCCUUCAUUGGAGGAUUUCUCCGCGGGCCAAACCGAGGUGGUGGAUAGCAAUGGUGGCUCAGAUCAGAAUGACUUCCUGGCUCGCGAAAGAGCCAUGCUUGGGGAUGAUGCCGAGCAGUUUGCAACCCCUCAAGACCACGUCGCUGCCGCAGAAGACAUAAACGACCAUGACGAUCUACUUGGGGGUGGUGCGGAUGCCUUCCCAGCCGCAGGCGAUGCGUCUCCUCACGAGAUGGCCGGUUUCGAAUCCUCAUUCCCCGCUCUCGAUACACAAAAUGAGCAGGUUGCCCCUGGUGGUACAAUCACUGGAACGGGAGCGCCCUUCCCGCCCACCGGAUAUACCAACUACACUUCCCAAGCUCCCGACGAGGAGCCUGAGCCCGUCAGGGAAUGGCGUGAGAGACGAAAUGCAGACAUUCAGCGUCGUGCCGAGAUCUCCGAGGAAAAGAAGGAAGCGACAAUCAAAAAAGCGCAGGAAGACAUUGAUGAUUUUUAUGUCUCUUACAACAAUAAGACGGAUAAGCUGCGCGCUCAGACCCGUGCUGAAGCUGAACAGUUUCUCGCUAACAGGGAAGAUACAUCUUCUGGCGGCACCAGCUGGGAACGCAUUGCAAAACUGGUAGACGUAUCUGGGAAGGGUAGCAAGGGUGGUGCUAGUGGAUCUGGCAAGGAGCGCUUCCGAGAACUGCUGCUCGACCUCAAAAAGGACCAGAACGCCCCCGGUGCCAGCGGGGUCUAGGAUUCACAACACUGAAACAAACGGUUGGCGCACUGGACCGUGAAACGAAAGUCUUCUGGGACUAUACCUCAUUACUUCUACUUCAGCGCCAUUCUCAUGAACAUCAUGUUUUCCCGCAUUGACUCCAAGGGCUUCACGUUCCCCACUGACUUGAAUAUACCUAUGUGGAUCGAUUGAGUUCGUGGCAGCAACCUAAUUACAUGUUCUCUUAUUUUAUUCUCAUUACAUGUUUUGAUAUUUUUUUUAUUCCCUUCCUGUAGCUAGAUCGUGCAUAUUGGAUCACCGAACUUUUUUUUAU